AUGUCCGUCACUCUCACCCCGCCCAACCAGCUGGGUUUCCCCCGCCCGCUGACGACCAUCGUCAAGCGUUCGCUUUACAUUCACAACCCCCACUCGUCUCCCGUCGCGUUCAAGGUCAAGACUACUGCCCCCAAGCAGUACUGCGUCCGCCCUAACCAGGGCCGCGUCGAGCCUGGCGAGAACCUCGAGGUUCAAAUCGUUCUUCAGCCUUUACCCCAGGACCCCCCUCCCCAUGCCAAGUGCAAGGACAAGUUCCUCGUUCAGUCGGCUUUCAUCCCUGCCGACGAGGAGAUGCGUUCGCUUCCGGAGAUGUGGGCCUCUGUCGAGCGCACCAACAAGGCCAGCAUCCAGGAGCAGAAGAUUCGCUGCGCUUACCUCCCCGCCGAGGACGGUUCCGGCAACGCCAACGGAAUCCCCGAGGAGGAGGAGGGAUCACCCCAUGACACUACCCACGACACCAGCAGGCUUGACGAGUCGGUAAGUGACCCUCAUUCCUUGAUUUCGUUGGGGUACACACAUCCCCUGUCGUGCUGUCUUUCCACGCGUGACCGUUCUGAGCUUGUCGCUCCACUUAUCCCGUUAUCAUCCCUCAAUACGCCUCCUGGUGCUCUCGCCGAGCGUGAACUCCCAGCGGAUCUGUAUCCGAAUCGCGGCUGGACCGUGUGGGAGCUCGACGAUCCUCCUGCCACGACCCCGCAGGAAGUCUUGACCAAAGAUCCCUUUGACUGCAAGCCCAAGUCUCUCGGACGUGCUCCCGGUGACCUCGUCAUCAAGGUCGAGCAGUCCGGUGCACCCCCUCAGAUCGUCGUGUAUCCUGCUAUCUACUCUGCUGCCGAGGCUUCCCCCGCGGCCGGCACUGGUUCCAAGCUGAACGGCAACAAGGACCUUCCCGCGACCCCUACCCGCGUCGGCGGUGUCGACGCCACCUCUGCUGGCCUCACCGGUGCUGCCGCCGGCGGUGCCACUGGCCUUGCCGCUCUCGCCGGAACGCGCGCUGCCGGCCACGGUACGCAGUCUGACGCUCACCGUGACACCUCGGGCGGCAUCCCGUCUCUCACCACUGCCGACAUUGCUGCCUCGAACGCUCCUGCCCCCACCAACAUUGCUCUCGAGAAGUCUGUCGACAUCGGCACCUCGGACAAGGAGAAGCUCCAGACCCUCCUUGCCGAGAACGACCGCCUCCGCGCUCAGCUGGCUGAGGCUCAGGGCCCCAACGUUGUCGGCCUCAGGAAGCGCGGCGGUGCGGCCGCUGACGGUGGUGUUGCCACCAAGACUGCCACUGCUGUGCAGGCCGCCCCGGCGCAGGGAGUGCCCGUCGAGGUCUGCGCCGGUCUCGUCUUUGUCGUUUUCAUCCUUACGUACCUGUUCUUCUGA